GUUGAGUGUACAGGAUUCGAACACGCUGCUUUGGGACCCGGCACAGCCCUAGCGCCGUCGUGUGGAAAGACUGGCUGAGAGGACUACAUUUCCCAGAAGACACCGCGAGCCCGCGCAUGCCCAGAGUCGGGGAACCGCGGGAACUGCUCAGGGGACGGAACUAGACGAGCUACCGCUGCUUGACAGCGCCGUCCGGGAAAUGCCAGGGCUGGGCCAGGGACUCGGGGUCCUUGGGACCGCGCGGGGUGGAGGUGACCUCGGUUUAGAAAGGCUAGCGGACUUGGGGGAGCCACGGCUGGAGUGAACAAAGCCCACCUAGGGAGAAGAAUUGAGAGUGACAGCCCUGAGAUGACGGCCUGAGCUCGGGUUCCAGGCAUGGAGUUCCGCACAGCCCCCCAGCCCGCCUCAGGGCCUCCAGCCAUGGACUUGGAGGCUCUUGAGCCCCCUGAGGACGCCAGCCCUGACCCCCCGUGGGACCCACUCUCUGGAGGACCCGGCAGCCUGAGUGAGAUGGAACUUGAUGGAUCCAGCGUCCAGGACUUGGUGCAGCAGUUCGAGGCUCUGCCAGGGGACCUGGUGGGCCUGUCCCCAGACAGCACCCCCUGCCCACUGCAUAUCGCUACUGGCCGUGGCUUGGCGCCCCAGGAAGUGACCGCUGUCCCUGGGCUGCUGUCCUCGGAGGCUGGCGGGGAUGCCCUGCUGAGCCUGCUGCGGUGUGAGGAGUGCCCUGCUCCCGAGCCCUGCCCCCACCGGCCCCUGGAGCCCGCGCCCCGCCUGCUGCAGCCCCCUGAGGACCCUGAUGUGGAGGCUGCACCCCCCGACUGGGCGGAGCAGGGCUCUGCUGAGCAGGGCUACAGCAGGAGCUCAAGCAGCUCCCCUGAGCCGUGGCCAGAGAUGACACCUCUGGUGACACCCGAAAAGCCACCACCGGCUGGGGUCCAGAACCCCGAGACCUUGGCUUCGUGCCCUGCCCUGCAGGAAGUCGCUGGGCCGUGUGACCACGAGGACCUCCUGGACGGCGUCAUAUUUGGGGCCAAGUACUUGGGCUCCACGCAGCUGCUGUCCGAACGGAACCCGCCCCCCAGCACACGCAUGGCCCAGGCCCAAGAGGCGGUGGACCGAGUGAAGGCGCCCGACGGGGAGACGCAGCCCAUGACGGAAGUGGACCUCUUCGUGUCCACCAGGAGGAUCAAGGUGCUGAUGACCGACUCCCAGGAGGCCAUGAUGGACCACGCCCUGCAGACGAUCUCCUACAUUGCUGACAUCGGCCCCGUGCUGGUGCUCAUGGCCCGGCGUCGGCUGGCCCGGAAGCCUGGAGCUGGAGACCGUGAGCACUGCCUGUACAAGAUGUUGUGCCACGUCUUCCACUCAGAGGAUGCGCAGCUCAUCGCGCAGGCCAUUGGCCAGGCCUUCGCCGCGGCCUACAGCCAGUUCCUGCGGGACAGCGGCAUCGACCCGAGCCGGGUGGGCACGCGGCCCGGCCAGGGGGCAGCCGGCGCCGGCCACCUGCACAACGGCGACCUGGCGCACUUCUCCAACCGCGACAACUGCAGGGAGGUGCGCAUCGAGAAGCGGCGCGGCGAGGCCCUGGGCGUGGCGCUGGUGGAGUCCGGCUGGGGCUCGCUGCUGCCCACGGCCGUCAUCGCCAACCUGCUGCACGGAGGCCCGGCCGAGCGCUCGGGCGCGCUCAGCAUCGGCGACCGCAUCACGGCGGUGAACGGGGCGAGCCUGGUGGGGCUGCCGCUGGCCGCGUGCCAGGCCGCCGUGCGUGAGGUGAAGCCUCAGACGUCGGUGACGCUCAGCAUCGUGCACUGCCCGCCGGUCACCACGGCCAUCAUCCGCCGACUGCAUUCCCGAGAGCAGCUGGGAUUCUGCGUGGAAGAUGGCAUCAUCUGCAACCUUCUCCGGGGCGGCAUUGCUGAACGCGGCGGCGUCCGCGUGGGCCACCGCAUCAUAGAGAUCAACGGGCAGAGCGUGGUGGCCACGCCGCACCAGCGCAUUGUUGAGCUGCUCACCGAGGCCCACGAUGAGGUGCACAUCAAGACCAUGCCAGCCGCCACCUACCGCCUGCUCACGGGCCAGGAGCAGCCCGUGUACCUGUGAGCCCGCCGCCCCCACUACUGUGCCUUGGCCCUGCCGCUGCUGCUGAGCCGGCUGGGACUCGACCCCGCCUGCUCGCUCCUGGGAAAUAUUAAAGCUUAUUCAGCAA